AUGGACAAGAAAAUAGUUCUAGUGACUGGUUGCGCUAAGGGAGGAAUCGGCUACGAAUACUGCAAAGCAUUCGCGGACCAAAACUGCCACGUGUUUGCUACCGACAUCCCCCAACGCAUAAUCGACAUCGUAGACCUCCCAAACGACACCGUCGAGACACUCGCCUUGGACGUCACGUGCGACGAGAGCGUGUCCUCCGCCGUCGAAACCAUUGUCUCCAAAUACGGCCGAAUCGAUAUUCUCGUCAACAACGCCGGAAUCGGAAGCACCGGCCCACUGGCGGAGCUUCCUCUCGAGUCAAUACGCAAAGCUUGGGAAGUCAACGCUCUUGGUCAACUCCGACUAAUCCAGCACGUGGUACCGCACAUGGCGACCCGACCCGGCGGAGGAACAAUUGUAAAUGUGGGUAGUGUUGUCGGUCGGGUCCCGACCCCGUGGGCCGGGUCGUACUGCGCCAGCAAAGCAACGGUUCAGGCUUUUACGGAGGCGUUACGAGUGGAGGUGAGACCGUUUGGUAUUAAGGUGGUUUUGGUGGUUCCUGGGGCUGUGAGAUCGAACCUUGGAAAGGCGGCUAUGGAGAAUUUGAAGGGGAUUGAAUGGAAGCUUUAUAAGGGGUAUAAGGAAGCCAUUGAAGAGCGAGCUCGAGCUUCUCAGGUUGGGAAAGCUACUGAGGGUGGGGCUUUCGCUAGGCACGUGGUGAGGAAAGUGUUGAGGCCAAAUCCGCCCAAGCAUAUUGUGUUUGGCCACAUGACUUGUUUGUUUGCCUUUCUUUCUUGGUCUCCUCUUUGGGUUAGAGAUUCUUUCUUUGCCAAACGUUUUAACCUUAACAACAAGCUUUAA